AUGGAACAAUGGGAAUACAGAACUAGGCAUCUGAGGCACAUCAACAACGAAACCAGUCCGCUAGAAGUGCACUUGGCGCCGACGGGCCGCGAACUUGUUCAAGCCCUGCGAGGCCUCCUGCUUCAUGCACAUUGGCACACUUUCACCAUCCUGGCAGACCAGGCGUCCGCGACGGCGUUGCGACGUCCUGAAUUGUGGCAGGCGCUCGAAUCGACGCCACUGCAUCCCACCCUCGUCGGGCUGCCGUCGCCUUUGAGGCCGCAAAGUCUUUUUAGGAAACUGGCUGACAUUUCGAGGUCCACUAGGGGAGUUGUCAUUUUGAUGAGUGAUCGUUCAAGCUCCAUUCGGAUUUUGGAAGACGCUAAGCGCCUCAACAUGAUGGACGGUCAUUUCGUUUGGGUUUGGAUCGACACAGCCGCCGUUAUCAACGUCAAAAAUGGUACAGAAGACGAUAAAGACACCAAAAGCGAAGACCGUUCCAAACGUAGCAUAGAAAAAAGUGAUAUAAGUGAUAUGCACAUAAAUUAUUUAUUAAGAAAUGACCACUUACUUUUAUUUAAUAAUAACUAUGGCGUUGAAAGUUCUAAAUUAAAAGAUGGAAGGCCUCAAUAUCGGAGAGUCAGUAAUAGUACUGGGGAACUACCCUUAGGACUUCUUAGUAUUAAGCCACUACCAGUGCGAGUGGACAGACAUUUAGUGAAAGGUGCGGUUCGUCUUUUAGUUUCUUCGUUGAAACAAGUACUGAGUCGGUCUCCGGAGUGGGUGCUGGGUAAUCUGUUGAAUGGAAAGCAGAAUAGUUGCUGGAAAAACAACGCUAGAGGAAGUGAUUUCAUCAAUGAAUUUGCAAA